AUGGCUCAUACCGGACCUGGAGUAAUGGACAACAGCCCUAAGCAUCAUGGUCUCGAGAUCCUCCCCAACGAGAUCCUCCUCAAGAUUUCUCAGCACCUCAUAGCAGGUGACAUCAACUCCCUCCUCCAAACCAAUCAUUUCUUCCAAUCCUUGCUAUCCCCAGUCCUCGAGCUCCUCCUCGCCAACAUGAACAUCGGGAGUCUAACACAGCUCUCCUGGGCCACAGCAAACGGCUACUAUCGGCUAGUCCUCCGUCUACUCAAGGCCGGCGCAAAACCUAACGAGAGAGGGGAGAAAGACCCCCAUUGGACGGCCCUCCACCAUUCAGCCUUGCGUGGGGAUCUAGAGAUUGUGAACCUCCUGUUGAAGUCUGGUGCAGAUCCUAAUAUCCCCAGAGAGGGCACGUCCAGCUCAUCUAACCUCGAGACCGGGACCGUGACAGCGCUGCAUCUCGCAGCGCAUUGCGGACAUAUAUCUAUUGUCAGAGCUCUCAUUAAACACGGGGCUGAUGUUAAUGCGUAUGGCACAUGGUGGAACACACCACUACAUGCUGCAAUAACCACCAUCCAUGACGAUAAAAGGAAAUUCUAUUCGUACAUCGAUGACAAUGUGCGCUCUUGGGACAAAAGGGCGCGGAAAGCGUCAGAACAGGAGCUUUACGACAUAGUCAGCAUCCUUCUGGAGAACGGAGCACAAGUCAACCGCUACCUCUUCAACAAAACACCGCUGUUAUGCGCGAUAGAGAGGGACACAGAUUUAUCACUCAUAAGGCUACUUCUGGGCGCAGGCGCCGAUAUCUGUGCUCCGCCCUGUGAUUGGAAUAACACCACCCCCCUGCACUCCGCCGUGGUCUGGAAGCAGCCGGGCGUCGUGGAGCUGCUGCUGCAAGCGGGGGCAGAUGUGAAUGCCAGGCUUCGAAGUAAUGGCGCAACACCACUUUUUCUCUCUACUCACCAGGCAAUCACGGAGAUUUUGCGGCAAUAUGGCGCGAAAGAUGAAGAGGAUGGUGUCUAG